AUCACCCAGUAGUGCUAUCUGCAGGGUUAGCUCCAGGUACUUGAGUUACGACUCUGGAGAGCAAUCGGAUGACCCCUGGUCUCCCUCUGACGUCUCGUGGCGGGAGGAGGAGCAGGAGUCGCUUCGGCGAUCGCUCCGCUCCCUACAGACCCAGCUGGCCAAUGAACGUGCUCGGAGGGAGGGGGCAGAGCGAGAUGCAGACCACCUAGCCAAUGAGAAUGUGGCACUGGAGCAGCGCCUGGGAAUGAUGGAGGGGUGUCAGGCCAGACUAGCGGAGCUGGAGUGUGAGGCUGAGGAGCUUCGUCAGCUUUGGAGAGCCGACUAUGGCACCAAAGCUUUGAGGUCAAGGGUCAGCCUAACCAUGCUGCCCAAUGCCCUCUUCUUCCCCCUGAACCAGGAGAGGGGGACGGAGGCGGAUGGAGAGAGCGAGGGAGACCUUAUGGAGGUCAGCUACCUUUCCAAGGUGAAAGGUUGUGGCGUCCUAAAGCACUGCAACAGCGAGAAGCAGCUUAGGUCAACGAGGGGUGAGGGGUCAGACGUAGACGAGAGUCAUGACCACGAGCGUUCGUGCGUCCGCCGUUCAGAGGUGGUGAAGCAGCGUGGGAUCUCCCUCCUCAACGAGGUUGACGCUCAGUACAGCGCCCUGCAGAUCAAAUAUGACGCACUGCUGCAGCGCUGCCACCAGGGGGAGCCGGACCCGAGCCAGCAGCACAGACAAAAGGAGGUCCAAAAGCCCAGCGGAGACCCCUUGGUCUGCCCACGAAGCCCAGCCUCCCUCCGCCAGGUUGCAGGCACAGACAUGGAGGGCCUGGAGGAUGAACUUCACCAGCCUGAGUACAAGGCCCUGUUCAAGGAGAUCUUUAUGUGCAUCCAGAAAACCAAAGAGGACCUGAUUGAGAACAGGGGUCAAUCUUGGCAGCUGCAGUAGCAAUACUUUCGCAAAUAAACAUAGAAAAAUGGGUUUGUGCUGAACAAGCUAUUUUUAUGCUCCAAUUGGAGGUGGGACAUACUAUAUGUGCUAGCUACUAAACAAGCAAAGCACCAUACUCAAACAAUUUCAGACUUGUUUAAAAGUUUGCCUGGGAACUGCUGUGUUAUAUCUGGUAGAAGUGAAGAUGAAUUGAUAACCUUCUCAAAGGGCUCAUUGCUAUCUAUGGUCAUUGGAGCAGCUAGAGAAAGGCAAGAUACACCAGCUCUUAUGCAUGGAAACAACAGUGCCUAACGUUCACUCUAUAAUACAUCAUUCUGCCUCAAUCACCCAGGCCUACCUGAGCCAGUUGCUUAGCAUCUAAGGGCAACUUUACUGUACACUGAGAAACCAAGGACCUCUGGAAACUAUUUCUGUGGACUAGCUCUUUUCAAUGGUACCUCUAUGCAUAUCCUUUUAAAGUGACUUGUCUGAGCCUGAUGGUCCAAACGGGAACUUUUUACCAUCUUUGUGUGCCUAGAAAUGACACUGUUUCCUACUCUUGGUAAUGAGUUACCUUGCAAGGCGAUGUGUGAAGGCAAUCUGAAUUUUAAAAAGGGAGAGCUUGUUAUCGCUUUUGUUCAAUGCAGCUAUACAAUAAUCAUCAACGCAUCUUCAACUGCAGCUAUGAAAUAUUUGGCCUAGAUCUUUGUCAUUAUUAAAAGUUUCUGAAUAUCUUACCAGAACAAAAACCUGAUAUUUUUUGGUGCUCAUGUAAGGUCCAAGAUAAACUAUAAUUUCUACAAGCAAGGUCAUAAUUUCCGGAACUCUAUCUUUCACAAUUGUACUGUAUGUCUUCAAAAGAUUUUGCCUGAUCCCGAAGUUUAAAAACGAAUGUAAUUGGGAAGAAGACUGAGUUGUUAAUGAAUAAUGUAGUAGCUAGUGAUAAUCUACUGAGGAUAUACCAAAACUCGGCUAUGUACUGUACGGUGCUAUGAUAUUGAUGUGCUUUACGAAUACAAUGACAGACAAUGUAGACAUUUCAUAAGUGCUGUUCCGAUUCUUUGUCAAAAACUGUCUGGUUAAUUGUUUUUUUUAACUCAUGCUAUCCUAAUUGUUCAUGAUAGCCACAUCCUUAGUUGACGUCACUGUAAAAUCACAUUUUAUUGAGAUACACUUAAGACUUGCACAGGGAUCGUUGUUAUUUUCUGACACUUUAUGUAGCUAGCCACUGUACUGUAUAAUAAGUGCUAUUAGUAGUUCCUGUUCAUUGUAUUAGACACCAAAAUAAUGUGAAAUGUAUGUGUAAUCUUUGAUAAAUGCAAACUCUGAGAGGA